ACUGCCAAACAAAGAGCACAACAUACUCAAGCUGAAAAUGUUUCCUCCUCAAUCAGGAGUCCCAUUGAAACCAAUACCUGGUAGCUAUGGCCUCCCUUUCUUCGGUGCCAUCAAAGAUCGUCUAGACUAUUUCUAUAACCAAGGGAAAGAUGAGUUCUUCAGCUCCCGUGUUGAAAAAUACCAAUCAACAGUUUUCAGAACCAAUAUGCCUCCUGGCCCUUUUAUUGCUCAAAACCCGAAAGUAAUUGCUGUACUUGAUGCAAUAUCAUUCCCAAUCCUCUUUGACACUUCCAAAAUUGAAAAAUUUAACGUUCUUGAUGGCACUUACUUGCCCUCCUUGUCUUUUACUGGAGGAUACCGAGUUUGUGCGUAUCUUGAUCCUUCUGAGCCUAAUCACACCUCUCUCAAAUCCUUUUUCAUGUCUGUCCUCGCAUCCAAGCACAAGGACUUCGUCCCCCUUUUUAGGACUUGCUUGUCUCAAAUGUUCAUCGACAUUGAAGAUGAAAUGAGUUCUAAAAGGACAGCAAAUUUCAAUGACUCCAAUGAUGCAAUGUCUUUCAACUUUGUUUUUCGUCUAUUUUGCGAAAAAGAUCCCUCUGAAACAAAGCUUGGAUCGGAAGGACCUGCCAUUGUAGAUAAAUGGGUCGGCUUACAACUUGCUCCACUUGCAACCAUUGGAUUACCAAAGUUUUUGAAAUAUUUUGAAGAUCUUUUGAUGCACACAUUUCCAAUACCAUUUUUCUUAGUAAAGUCUGAUUAUAAGAAGCUUUAUGAUGCAUUUUAUGCGUCUUCGAGUUCGUUUCUAGACAAAGCUGAGAGUUUUGGAAUUGACAGAGAUGAAGCUUGCCAUAACCUAGUGUUUGUUGCUGGUUUUAACGCUUAUGGGGGCAUGAAAGCUUGGUUUCCUACAUUGAUCAAGUGGGUUGGCAAAGCAGGAGAGAAGUUACACAGCCAACUUGCUAAUGAAAUCAGGACCGCUGUUAAAGAGGAAGGUGGGGUCACCUUCCAAGCCCUGGAAAAGAUGGCUUUGACCAAAUCAGUAGUUUUUGAAGCCUUAAGGAUUGAACCCGGGGUCCCAUUCCAAUACGGGAUGGCUAAGGAGGAUAUUGUGAUCAACAGUCAUGAUGCAGCUUAUGAGAUCAAGAAAGGUGAGAUGAUCUUUGGAUAUCAGCCGUUCGCUACAAAGGAUCCUAAGAUUUUUGAUCAUCCUGAGGAGUUUGUGGGGCAUAGGUUUGUGGGAGAAGGAGAGAAUCUAUUGAAGUAUGUUUAUUGGUCAAACGGGCGGGAGACGGAGGAUCCAACUGCGGGGAAUAAGCAAUGUCCUGGGAAGGAUCUAGUGGUGCUCUUGUCUCGGUUAUUGGUGGUGGAGCUUUUCCUCCGAUAUGACACGUUUACUGUGGAGACGGCUGUGUUACCGUUUGGAUCAUCAGUGACAUUAACCUCAUUGAUCAAGGCCACAAGCACAUGAACUUGGUGAAGCUAAGUCUUGAAAUAUUUGCCUCUUCUCACAAUAUCCUAAAUAGUAAAA